UCCUAGAGCUGUGACAUUUCGAAGAGGAGCAGUCAUUCGAACAAAAAGAAAAGAAAGAAAAUUAUGAAACUGAUUGCUAGCCUACUCGUCUCCCUCGUGGCCAGUGUCGUGUGCGAGACGAUAAAUUUCAAAGGGAGCGUUGAUCAGGUAAAGAAACAGACCAACCAAUGGCUGAUUGUCAAGAGUUCUGAUGGCAAAAGAAUUGAAUCUACUACAGUCCAGAAAGAAAUAACCGAUGAUGAUGACUUAAAGGUGGAGUAUUCAUUCAAAGAUAAAACGGAUAAAGUGCUGGGUGAAAGUUCUAGUCGUCUCUGCACUGAAUCUGACUCCGAAGAGGGAAUGGUAAUUUCCCUUCUUGGCUCUUUCCUAAACCUCGAUUUAACAUGCCCGAUAGCCAAGCAAAAGGGUGAAGAGGGAGGCGGAGUCCGGUCAGGAAAAAUUGUCCUCUCCGAGAACCCUGGGGAGGGUACAAAAAUAUUUUUCGAUAUCUCCAUUAAAAAGGGCGAUACCGCCAUUCUGACGCUAUCCGGCUAUGGAAGGGCCACCGCAAAUAAAAAUUAACGAUUCACUCCCUCUCUUCAUUGAAUAAUAAUAAUUUUAUCGGGGAUAAAUUGAAGGAUAUGAACUAUGAUAACGCACAGCCAAAUAAAAAGUCAGUAGAGACUA